CUGAAGGUGGGACCCGAAGCUGUUCUCAGCUUCUUGGGAAAGCCAUCGUCCCUUGGCCGCUCAGAACCUGCAGAGAGGAAGCAAGCCGAACCCCUCCAGAACCUCCGGAAACGGGUACGCUCCAGGGCCCAAUUCCUAUGGUGAGCACACAGGUAAGCUGCCCUCCAUCACAGAGUUUCUCCUGGGAGGACCCGGACAUUGGUUUCCUCGGGCGUCUCUAUGGUUUCGACAGCCUAGAAGUACCAAGGCAGCACUUCCGGGAAGAUGGCUGCACGCAUGUCAUUUCUGGCACAUGUUUCUACGGAGGGGAUAGCGCAAUGACGUAUCAAGAAGCAAGAUAAGGCCACUUCUUCGCGCAACACUUCUGUUGGGACUCAAGGGGUAAUAGUGACUUCUUCCCCGGUGAGGACCUAAGGACGGAGAUUUCUCACCAUGAGUGUCACCCCAGAGGUCAAGAGUCGUGGGAUGAAGUUUGCUGAGGAGCAGCUGCUAAAGCAUGGAUGGACUCAAGGCAAAGGCCUGGGCCGGAAGGAGAAUGGCAUCACCCAGGCCAUCAGGGUGACGCUGAAACAGGAUACUCAUGGGGUGGGACAUGACCCUGCCAAGGAGUUCACAGACCACUGGUGGAAUGAGCUCUUCAACAAGACUGCAGCCAGCUUGGUAGUGGAAACUGGGCAGGAUGGAGUUCAGAUAAAGCAUGUUUCUAAGGAGACUACCCGACAUGAUCGUCCCAAGCCCAACCUGCUGUAUCAGAAGUUUGUGAAGACGGCCACGCUGACUUCAAGCGGGGAGAAACCAGACAAGGACUUGGAGAAUUACAGUGAUGACGACAACCAGGGGCCCAAGUCCCCAAAGAUUUUGACCGAUGAGAUGCUGCUCCAAGCCUGUGAGGGGCGAACAGCACACAAAGCUGCCCGUCUUGGUAUCACAAUGAAGGCCAAGCUUGCUCGGCUGGAGGCCCAGGAACAGGCCUUCCUGGCUCAUCUCAAAGGCCAGGACCCUGGGGCUCCCCAACCACAGUCUGACAGCAAGCCCCCCCAAAAAGAGAAAAAGAAAGAGAAGGAAGAGUCUACAGCAACUGAAAGGGAUGGGGAAGAGGAACCCCGAGAACAGACUGACCAGAGUAUGAGGAAAAGCAAGAAGAAGAGGCGACACCAAGAAGAAAAAGUCUCAGGUGAGAGAGAGGGAACUGUAGAAAAUGAGGAGGAAGAGGGUGCAGGAACAAGUUGGCUUGGGGAAUUGCAGAGCAGAGAACAAACCGAUCAGCCCCUCAGGAAAAAAAAGAAGAAGAGACGGCAGCAGGUGGAGGGGGGAAUCCUGGAUGAAGGAGAAGGAGGUAAGGUGGCUGCAGGGGCUGUCAGGACAGAGGUGGAGAACACAGCAUCCACUGACCCAUGCAGACAAAGCAAGAAGAAGAGGCGGCAGUGUGAGGAGGAAGACAGCUUGAACACAGAGGAUGAAGAAGGUGAGGCAGCUUCUGCAGACUACAGGACCAGGGAAGCAGCAAGCAGAGCAUGCAGUGACCCAAGUAUCAGGAGAAGCAAGAAGAAAAGGAAGCAGCAUCGAGAGGAGGAGGAGGAGGUGUUGGACUUAAAGGGUGAAGAUGAGACUGCAGGAGGUGGGAGGACUAGGGAAGCAGAGAACAGAACAGAUACUGCUCCAAGCAGUAGAGAUAAAAAGAAGAGGCAGCAGCUUCCAGAGGAGGAAAGAGCUGAAGUCAACACUGGCCAGAGAACCAAAAAGAAGAAACAGAAGAAGAGAGACUGAAGGUGGGGCUCAACUGAUUCCUUUUCAGGAGUUAGAGCCUCAGAGACCUGGGUCAAUUCAUGUCUUCUGCACCCCUUUUAACGAGGAGUCCCUCCCAUGGAGGGAACUGAGCUCUGGAACACCAAUCUCCUGAGAAGAGAGACCGUGGGAGCCAUGCCUGAGUUGAGGGAGCAGGUGGGGUCUCCUUUGCAGCUUCUAACCCAGAGAUCAUGAACUUGGGUGUCUACAGCAGACAGGUAGCUGGGGACAAGGACUGCGCUCCUCAAACAGGAACACAGAUACCCUUUGAAGGGCAUCCCUGCCUCAGUUCCAGCUGAAUGCCGACAUGUAGGCCCAGUGUUGUCAGAUGCCCUCUUUUUUUAAAAAAAGAGAAGCUGAAAAUAUAGACUUGUUUGAAAUGUUCUGAUUUUUAAAUAAAAACAUACACAGACAGGUCUGAAUU